AUGGCUUCUACGAACUCGCAAAUCAAAACCGAAAAAUCUAUAAAGAAUGCAAAGAGCCAGAAAUCACACACUAGCGUAAAAUCACAUCAAACCACUGCUACAAAGCUCCAAUGCCCCGCAUGCGGCAGCUCUCAUUUACUAUAUCAAUGUCAAAAGUUUAUCAGCUUAACCGUCAAUGAAAGACGAUCGCUCUUAAAUAAUAAAAGCCUUUGUUUCAAUUGUCUAGCACCGGGGCAUUCGGUACAGCAGUGCUAUUCGAAGAGAAUCUGUAGUGUAUGUCAAAAGAAACAUCAUACUAUGGUGCAUGUAGAAACAAGCCCUAAGAACGCCAUGAUUAAUCAAACGGAUUCUAAUCGCAUGAAUCAGGUUUCUUCGACAAGCUCUGCUGCGACCACGGUCGACAAUGCGAUUAUUUCAAACAAUCAUGUCGCAAACUUACACUUUAAUCAAACUAUUCUGCCCACGGCGAUAGUAAAUCUGCAUGCGAAUGGACGUACUUUGCGAGUGAGAGCCUUGCUCGACCAGGGUUCGCAAGUGUCAUGCGUCACUGAAUCCAUUGUGCAACUUUUGAAAAUGAAAAAACAACCCAUCUCAGUUGAAAUCACGGAAAUCGGCAGCAACAGUGUAGCUGAUCCUGAACUGUGUCAACAUCACACUAUUGACCUUCUGUUGGGCGCCGAUACCCUUGGUGAUAUUAUUCUCAAUGGCGUGCGUACCGGUGGGCGCGGUACUCUAAUAGCACAGUUAACGAUAUUUGAUUGGAUUAUAUCAGGUGGGAAAUCGAGCUCGCCGGAUUCUGGGAGGUGGAGGAAGUGCCACAAAUUACUCACCUUUCGCCAGAAGAAUCAAGCUGUGAAAAACAGUUUCAAACCACAUACCAACGGCUCGCAAAUGGAUAACUAUCAAGACUUUCUAUCUGAAUAUGAGUCCCUUUAUCACAUGACUCUGGAUGAUCAUAAGCGUGACGAUAUGCAAGAGGUGUACAUUCCUCACUUGCCCGUUAUUAGAGAAUCUAACCAAACCACGAAAGUACGUGUUGUUUUUAACGCUUCGUGUUCUUCGUCGAACGGUUCUUCGCUAAAUGACUACUUACAUGUAGGACAAAAAUUACAAUCCGAUCUUUUUGCUCUAAUUCUACGCUGGCGCUUAUACAAGUACGUAUAUACCGCUGAUAUCACAAAGAUGUUUAGACAGAUUAGAGUCGCUGACACUGAUUGUAGUUAUCAACGAAUAAUUUGGCGAAAAAAUCCCGACGAGGAACUUAAGUCCUAUCUGCUCAAAACAGUCACGUAUGGAACUGCAUCCGCUCCCUUUCUCGCCAAUCGCGUGCUAAAGCAAAUUGUUUUGGAUGAGGGAAAAAAGUACCCGGUUGCGGCUCCCGUUCUUGAGAAUGAGUUUUUCGUGGACGACGCAAUGUUUGGCAGUCACGAUCAAAAUCUAUUAAGACAAACGCGUGAUCAGCUCAUCAAUUUGCUAAAAUCCGGACACAUGGAGCUGCAAAAGUGGGCGAGUAAUUCCAAGCGAUUGUUGAAAGAUAUACCCGAGGAGAAUCACGGCCUAGCCAUUAGUAAAGAGUUGAAGCAGGACGAAUCGGUAAAAGUCCUGGGUAUUGCAUGGAAUCCUGCCUCGGAUGUUUCGUAUUUUAAAGUAUCAUCCGAAGCUCCAAAUAAAUACAGUAAACGUAGUCUACUUUCAAUUCUCGCGAAAAUCUACGACCCCCUAGGUUGGCUGGCUCCUGCUACGGUUGUAGGAAAAUUAAUUAUACAAUCCUUAUGGAAGGUAAAAUUAGGAACCGCUCCGGAAUCUCAAGCAAUACAAUUACAUGGAUUCUCGGAUGCUUCGUCCGUAGCCUAUGCAGCAGUCGUUUACAUCAAGGUAGUAUCAAAUGAUUGUCACAGGGUUUCCCUUCUUUAUGCUAAAACUAAAGUUGCUCCACUAUCACCUGUUAGCAUCCCACGAAUAGAAUUGUGCGCGGCGGUUCUUCUUUGCAAGGCCAUGAAUUACGUUAAAGCCUCCCUGAAGCUAAAUAAACCUGAAAUAUUUUGUUGGACUGAUGCUUCUGUAGUUUUACACUGGCUUAAUGCACAUCCGAGUAAGUGGAAGCUCUUUAUAGCUAAUCGCGUGUCGUUCAUUCAAACCCAUCUACCAGAAGCGGAAUGGCGACACGUGCCAGGAGAAGAAAAUCCUGCAGACUGUGCUUCGCGCGGUAUUACGGUAGAGAAGCUAAAAUCAUAUGAUCUCUGGUGGCAGGGUCCAGCGUGGCUGCAUCAAAAUAAAAAUUUAUGGCCUGAUCAAUCGCAAUAUCCGGACUCGGCUACUAAUCUUGAAUGUAAAGGUGAGGCAAAAUUGACGUCGCAAGUUUCAAGCAUCAAAGAGAAGUACUCUUGGGAGCUGAUUAAUACUCUAUCCUCUUGGGCUAAAAUAUUGAGAGUCACUGCCUAUUGCAUUCGUUUUGUACAGCGGUGCAAGCAAAUGGGCGAUUCCCCUUUGCUUAAACUGUCAUUGACAGGAGAAGAAAUAUCACUAGCAAAAGAAUUUGUACUGAGGCUUGAUCAGCAGCGGUGCUUUUCAUCCGAAAUUCAGCGUUUAAAGGAGCGCAAACCUUUAGACAAGCAUAGUUCUCUGAAACGUUUGAAUCCAUUUCUGGACGAGAAAGGUAUACUUAGGGUGGGAGGACGACUAAGAAAUGCCGAUUUGUCAGUAUCCUGUCGAUUCCCAGCAAUCUUGUCAAAAGGAAGGGUAUCCUACUUACUUAUCGCUCACACGCAUGCCAUCAUGUUGCACAGCGGCACGCAGUUGACCUUGCGGGUCCUACGACAGGAGUAUUGGAUUUUAAACGCGCGCUCUUUAGUUAAGUCAUUCAUACACAAAUGUGUUACGUGUGUCAGACAAAAAGCUCAGGUCACUUCGCAGCUGAGUGGGGGAUCUACCCGAAUCCCGCGUCAGACCAAGUCCGUCCCUUCUCGCAUGUGGGUAUUGAUUAUGCCGGUCCGUAUCAGGGUGAGGCGCGCGCCAGGCCGAGGAAAUAAGACACAGAAGUGCUAUCUGGCCGUUUUCGUCUGUUUCGCGACGCGCGCGGUUCACCUGGAGCUUGUGUCCGAUUACACCACGGAGAGUUUUCUUGCGGCCUUCGACAGAUUUGUAUCGCGCCGCGGAUUGCCUUCUUGUGUAUACUCGGACAACGGCACCAAUUUUAAAGGCGCCGAGAACGAGCUCAGAUCACAGCUUCGCCACGUGAGAACGGAUGUUGAUCUGAGAAAUCAUUUCGCUUCUGAGGAAAUCACGUGGAAGUUUACCCCUCCCGGGGCCCCACAUUUCGAGGGGCUCUGGGAGGCGGGAGUGAAAAGCGUGAAAUUUCAUUUACGACUAAUUAUGGGGGAGUUCAAGCCAACAUUCGAAGAAUUCAAUACGAUCCUAUGUAAAGUAGAAUGUUGCCUGAAUUCGAGCCCUAUUCAUGCCCUGAACGAUGAUCCAGAAUCAUUUGAUACACUCACACCAGGACAUUUUUUGACUGGCGCGUCAUUGAAAGCGGUACCUACGCCCACGCUAUUAGAACUAUCUGCAAAUCGCUUGUCUCGCUGGCAAGCCGUGCAGGGUAUUACGGAAAGAUUUUGGAAGGUUUGGUCAACGGACUACUUAAAUUCCCUUCAAAUGCACUACAAGUGGCUCAAAAGUAAGCCGAAUCUCGCUAUCAACGAUUUAGUUUUGAUUAAGAAUCCCAACCUCCCGCCCACCAAGUGGGAGCUUGGAAGAAUAAUAAAGAUACAUACAGGGACGGAUAAGUUAGUACGAGUAGUUCAAGUGAAAACUGCAAAUUCA